AUGCCUACUCGACUGACCAAGACGCGGAAGCUCCGCGGCCACGUCUCUGCCGGACAUGGUCGUGUCGGCAAGCACAGGAAGCACCCUGGUGGUCGCGGUAUGGCUGGUGGUCAGCACCACCACCGCACCAACCUCGACAAAUUCCACCCCGGUUACUUCGGUAAGGUCGGUAUGAGGCACUACCACCUCCUGCGCCAGCACUACUGGAAGCCGACCAUCAACCUGGACAAGCUCUGGUCCCUGGUCCCCGAGGAAACGCGCGACAAGUACCUGAACAGCGACGCGCCGGCCGACAGCGCCGUCGUCUUCGACCUUCUCCCGCUGGGCUACUCCAAGGUCCUGGGUAAGGGCCGUCUGCCGAACGUGCCCAUUGUCGUCAAGGCGCGCUACGUGAGCAAGGAGGCGGAGCGGAAGAUUAAGGAAGUUGGUGGUGUCGUUGAGCUGGUUGCAUGA